AAUUGUAACUAAAAAAUAUAUUAAUUAUAUUGAAUUAAUUGAAUUAAAGUAAAGGAAUAUUUAAAAGAACAGUAAAAAUGUCAACCGACGUCAGUGACAUAGAAAAGUAUUUAAGUUCUUAUCAAGACAACGAUUUAAAAUUUGCAACUCUUUAUGAAAAUCCCAAAACUCAGUGUAAGUACACUCAAACAUUUAUUAAAAAUUCAUCAGAACGAAAGAAAUUUUACUAUAGAGUCCAAAUACUCUGUAAGAAAAAUACAAAUGAAUUUUUCCUUGAGAAAGACUUUGGUACGCUGGAAGUCCCGAAUAACGUCAAAGAGGUGAAUAAUUUACCACUAGAUGUAUGUAUGAAAGUGUACAAAGUAUAUUUAUUGAAGAGCAAUGUCGACCUGAAAUUUUCUUGUCUGGAAGCAAAAGAUGAAAUGUAUAAAAAAAGACUGCCAGUACGACAUUUGUUAAGAACGAUAAUGGAUUUGAAGAUGAUGAAAAAGGUUCUGCGGUCUUACUACAUUGACAAGAAAAAAUUAAACGGUUUCAGUUUAUCGCACAUGGGCGAUAUGAUGUCAGUUGAUACAAGGUUCCAAAUUAUUGAAUCUUUUUGGAAGCAAAAAAUUUCUUGUCAAUUGAUAGACCGUGAAACUAAUCAAGCGAUAAGUCUUCUUGAUGUUUUUUACAAGCAGUUGCAUACUAAAAUUGAUAUUCUGGAUAAAAACACUGAAAGGUGGAAGCUAAUUGAAACCUGUGUAAAAAAUACGCACUCGACACAUCACAGCGAGUACACAAUUAAAGUAAACGAAAUCUUUGUUCUAAAAAGGUGGGAAGACAGUAAAAGAUUCAAGGAUAAUCUAGGAAAUAAAAAACUUUUAUGGCAUGGAACUAGAAUGGAUUAUGUCGCUUCUAUUUUGGAAAGAGGUUUUGAGAUAGAACCCAAUAAUGUUUUGCAGACAACGAUCCCAAUGUUUGGAAAAGGAAUUUACUUUACAAACGCGGUGUCAAAAGCUGCCAAUUACUGCAGCAAAGGAUCCAAUACACGAUGUGAGCAAGGAGUUUUGUUCUUGUGUGAAGUCGCUUUAGGCAACAUGGAGAUUACUUUUAAUGCACUACCCAAGUUUGUGGAUCUACCAGAGGGCGUCCAUUCCGUCUUUGGAAAAGGUUUAAUGAGCCCGCAAAAAAAUAUUCAAGAAACUGUCCUGUACAAUGUCCAGCUAGCCUAUGGGAAGCUGCUUGAGAUACCAGGGAUUAAAUCCCAGUUGAUACAUGAUGAAUAUGUUGUGUAUGAUCCGAGACAAGUUAAGAUGCGGUAUUUGGUUUUUAUUGAUUUUGAGGAUAAGGAGUAAAAAAAAGUAGUAUUAUUGUUGGGAUUAUUUAUUGUUUUCAUGUACUUCUAGGCUAAGAACAACUGAGAGUCUACUGAGUAGAUUACUUGUACUUUGGUAAAAGAAUUCAAUUGAUUCAAGAAAAAAAUCUUGAAUCCGAAAGUUUA